GCAAAUGCUCCUUUUCCAAGCUAUAUUACUGGUAUCUUGCCGUUUGCAUAGCUCAUACGCCACCUACUGCAAAAGAGAGCUGACAGCUCAUGCAAUGCUGGCAGCAUUUUCAUUCCAUCAUCGUGGCAGAACUGAAUACGACUCUUUAUUAUUUUUCUUUGAAACCAAACAAGAGCAAGGCCAGCUUGCUCUUGCAACACACUGUUGCUCAGAAUGGAGCGCAGAACCAACAGACGGGAGAAGGAGUGUGAUGACAAAUGCCACAAUUCGGAGGACGGAGAGCAGAGCUUAAAAUGCAAGACGGCUCUUGUCACACUAAAUGUUGGCGGAUAUCUAUAUAUCACACAAAAGCAGACCUUGUGCAAGUACCCAGACUCUUACCUUGAGGGAGUUAUGAACAGGAAAAUUUUCUGCCCCAUGGAUGCAGAUGGACACUACUUCAUAGACAGGGAUGGGCUACUGUUUAGGCAUGUGCUAAACUUUCUCCGGAACGGGGAACUCUUGUUACCUGAAGGUUUCCAAGAAAACCAGCUUCUGGUACAGGAGGCUGACUUCUUCAAGCUGAAAGCACUAAAUGAAGCUGUGAAGUCCAGGUGGGAGAAGGAACAGCAAGCAGCCAGGGAGACCACUUUCCUUGAAAUAACAGAUAAUCAUGACCGGUCUCAAGGGCUGCGCAUUUUCUGCAACGCCCCAGACUUCAUAUCCAAAAUAAAAGCUCGGAUUAUCUUAGUUUCAAAAAGUAGGCUGGAUGGUUUUCCUGAAGAGUUCUGCAUUUCUUCCACUGUUAUACAGUUUAAAUAUUUCAUCAAAUCAGAAAACGGGACGCGGCUGGUGCUCAAGGAAGACAACACCUUCGUCUGCACCUUAGAAACCCUCAAGUUUGAAGCCAUUAUGAUGGCACUCAAAUGUGGCUUCAGGCUGCUGACAAGCCUAGACUGCUCUAAAGGGUCAAUUGUGCAAAGCGAUGCUCUUCAUUUUAUCAAGUAAAUGCUCUAUCACUAAGCAAAAGGGAGUAGAGCAUGCAGCCAAGCUUCAUUGAACGGCAGCAGCAGUCUGGCAAGACAAAAAACGUAACAAAAGGAGACCUGCUGUCAAUUCAUUUACAAGAGAUCAGGGUAUGUACACUUUACCUAAAAACCGAGCAAGAUCUUCUCAUUCUCUUCCAGCACUGAAAUAUCUUCCUUAUGCACGGGUCACAGACUCGAACUGCAAAGAACAUGGCCACUGUACAGAUAAGUGUUAAAUUAUCUGUCCUUACCCCAUGUCAUUCACCCAGACAGUGUUGCUGAAAUGUUUUGUGUAAUUAACUGAGUAAGAGCUGCACAAAUUUUAUUUUUAUUUAGUUUUUUGGUUGAGCUACACUCACAGCGUCUCUCUGGAUAUCGAACGUUUCAGCUUCAGCACAAUAAACAGGAUUUGGUUGAAACCAUCAUUUUUCACUCCCCAGCUACAAUUAGUAGUUUUAUUUCACACCACAUGUGUUUGCCAAAUCGGAUAAUGAACAUGUAUUGUAUUUAAAGGAUGAUUGCUUUGCAAA